AUGGCAAGCAUCAGAACAUCCAUCGUUCUCCUAUAUAUUCAUCUGUUUUCUACAGACAACAGGUUCUGCAUUGCCUGCUACACCAUCCUCGCAAUCAAUGGCCUUUGGUUCAUCGCCGACAUGUGCGUGGUCUGGCUGAUCUGCCUGCCAGCUAAGAGCUACUGGGAGUCGUCGAUUCAGCCCCAUUGUGGAAACAUUUCAGCGGCAUAUCUUGCAAUACAUGUCAGCAAUUUGUUUGUUGAUGUUCUCGUCGCUGCCCUGCCUGCGCAAGUAUUGUGGCACUUGCAGAUGCCAGUGACAAGGAAACUUGGAAUCAUGGCGAUGUUCGCCCUUGUUGCACUGAUUUGCUCCAUUGCGAUAGCUCGAAUCGCGACGUGGAAAAUUGCCUUGGGUCUUACUAGUGACGACUUCACAUACACCGGCACGACUCUAUACCUCUUCAGCGCCAUCGACGUAUCCGUGUUGUGUGCCCUCGCAUGCAUGCCUCUGCUGAAACCAGUAGGCGAGAAGCUUGCUUCAUCGUCAGCGGUUGCUUGGACAAGGACUUUGUUCCAAAGUCUUCAGUCACGUGCAAUGAAGGUCUCAAAAGGAAAUCAGGACUGGGCGAAAUCACGCAGUGGUGGAGAACCGUACCGUGGACCCCCGGAAGCCGAUGGUAUCUCAAGGUCAUCUGGAAGUUUGACAAGCCGCGAACUAGGCUUGUCCACGAAUCAUCGGGUGGAGCAGGACACAUAUCUGAGCAACGACUCCCUUGAAAUGGAGCCGUGA